AUAACACAAGCCUAGAGUGCUUACUUUGAAGCUAGGCUAAUAGGUGUGUGUUAAAAAUAUUUGACUAAACCUAAUAUGGAUCAAGCGUUUUUAAAUAGCUCAUGUCUGUAGCGCUAGUGUGCAAUUAUUACCCUAGCGCCCUCUAGUAAACGCGCAGUCAAAUUGUUAUGUUGGCGAGUGGCGCUUGACAUCUAAGACAGCUAUGCCCGUGUGCAAUGCAGUCCUAUCACUAUAGGUGAAGCAGCCUCUGAUAGGGAUAUUUUUUAUUAUAUAGGUACACAUCGCGAACAUAUUAUAUAUACCUUUUUGUUUCUUAGAAAUUUGGUGGUUAGCCCGUAUUCGGGUGCACAAAAAAGACAUUACUCGAAUACGGGCACCCGAAGCAAUAUUCGACACGAUGACUGGACGACGAAUUCUCUUUUUAGUGCAGUUCGUAUUCCAUAGGUGAUAAGAGGAAAUGUACCAACAAUAUGUAGGGGCUGAAUAUUUGGGCUUGUCGGCGAAAGCUAGCGUCCCGAAACCUAGUCACCCAUUACAGAAAUGCUAUAUAAGUGAGUGGCGCUUCCUCGGCCCAUCAUUACGUACUUACGCGCACGCUGUGAUUAGUCGUAGGCGCAACACUAUGCAACACAUAUCGACGGCAUUCUUGAUCAUCGCGUUAUUGAUCGUCGUCAAUAAUGGACAAAGCGUGACUGUCGAAGAUGAUGGACUCGUUAAGUCGGACUUGGUCGUCGCGGAGACCAAGAGGAACGCUUUGACUGCUAUAGACGGCCCCAAGUACGUAGCCAAGCAGCCUGAACCGACCCAACCGCCGACCGUAACAGUCACCAAUAACCAAAAACCCCAGCAACGACCGCCAAGCAAACCACCCAUCUUCCCAGACAAACCGGGACAACACAAAUAUUAUGUGGACGUUCAAAGACAAUACUACGGCAGCAUACAACAGAUCCAGUCGCGGCCGCAAUACUCUCAGCCUGUGAGAUUGUAUCAGACACAAAACUCUUUGUUCAGUUUCCCAAAAGUCAUCCCUUUGCCACACCACACAAAUCAUUACUACGUGAAACAACCGCCCCGACCUACGGUUAUAUAUGCCGCGAACAACAAUACAGUUUCGACACAACCCCCCAAAUUCAGCAUACCGGUCCAAACUAUCACUGGUGUGCGCAAGGAUAUCGCGAAACUGCCGAAAAUCGACAAGUCCAAAUCGAGCGUUGGAACCACCACAGUGGCGUCACUGACUACUACGAAGAGAUACUUGAGGACUAAGCGAAUAUGGCCAAAGAAAUUUCUGGAGAAAAUGAAUACUACAUCAUUUUACAGUAACAAAACUGCGAACUACACGAAUCCAACGAAUAUCACACACAAAUCAGAUUAUCAACAAUCGGCUAGCAUUACUAGAGUCCGUUAUAUUUUUAAGAAUGACUCUCUGCCGAAGAGUUACCCAACUAGACGUCCUUACCGGCCAGUGACGAGGGUUCCGAAGAAAAGAAGCACCACUCCAGCUAUUAAUAUAACAGACUUCGAAAAUAACGAUUGGGUGCCAAUCGUUCCCUCUCACUAUAAAUAUAGACGACCUCAGCAUUCACGCAACAAACGAUCGCUCAGUAAUCCAGAGGUUCCCCCGAUCAAUAAGAGAAUGCUAUAUUUGCAAUCAUUUGGACUGGUCCCAAUGCCAAAUUUAGAAGAGCAAGAAUCAGAGCAAGAGCCAGAACACGAAGAGUCACCGGACAUUUUGAGAAAAAAGAUGGCAUAUGUCAAAAAUAAGAGACAAUCGAAUCCUUAUUAUCCUGGCUAUGGUAAUCCUGGCUAUCGCAACCCUGCUAUGAACCAAUACAUUUAUGGAGAUCUUCAAGCGCAAGGAAGUCAUGUUCAUAAACAUAGCCAUCCUCCACGAGUCAUCACUAAAGUCAAACAUCACCAUCACCACCACCACCACAGGUACAUCAAAACAGUAGAAAAACCAGUUCAAGUUCCAUACAAAGUGGAGGUUCCGAAACCGUAUCCCGUUACAGUGGAGAAGAAAGUACCCGUCCCUUACGAGAAAAUAAAAGUGGUGGAGAAACCGGUGCCAUACCCGGUGACAGUGGAAAAAAAGGUGCCUUAUCCCAUCGGUAUUAAGGUACCGCACCCAGUUCCUUACAAAGUGGUGGAAAAGGAAUACGUUCCCAAACCGUACCCGGUGGUGCACCACGUUCCCGUGACUGUUGAGAAGAAAGUCCCAUAUCCUGUGGAGGUGCGGGUGCCUGUAGAUCGUCCCGUUCCAGUUACAGUCGAGAAGCAGGUACCGUACCCGGUCCCAGUGAAAGUUCUAGUGCCUCAACCUUACCCGGUGGAGACCAAAGUUCCCGUCCCCGUUGAAGUGAAGGUCAAAGAGCCGGUGGAAGUGGUCAAACACGUUCCCGUCAAGGUGCCUUUCCCUCAGCCCUUCGCUGUCAAUGUGCCUGUCCCGGUAGAGAAGAAAGUGCCUUACCCGGUCGAAGUCGAGAAGCGAAUACCUGUACCUGUUGAAAUCUAUGUUCCGCAGAAGGUGGAAGUUGAGAAAAAAGUGCCCGUGUAUAUUCCAAAGCCUUAUCCUGUAGAAAAGCAAGUGCCAGUGCCGGUUAAAGUUCCGUAUCCCAUCCGAGUGCCCGUUUAUGUCACGUCACCGAAUUACAACGACUACUUUGGCAGUAGCGUGAGCGUCUCGCCGGCAUCAGCGACAAAUACCCCUGAACAUACAGUGACAGUGCAUGGUAACACGGGAUUUACAGGUUUCCAGUCGCGGUCCGACAAUGUAGACACGACCACAUCAGAAUCUAGCUCCACAACCCAAUUGACAAAAAACUCGUAACUCGAACAUUGUAAUUAAUUUCCCAAGAACUAUUUAAGUAUAUUAUUGUUGUAAAUAUUUGUGAAAAUUAUAGUUAGGCAAUAAUAGAUAUUUUAACCUUAUGUAGGAUCUGUAAAUUAUUGAUUUAUGUGCAGAAUCGUAAAAUCUGUGUGUGAUUAUGAGUAAAUGGAUGCCAC